UGAAAGUUCUACAAUAGAAGAGAAUUGCAAUUGCAUUCAUGGCCAAACGCCACCAGCCCAACACCUUCAAUCUCAAUUCCUUUUGCUGCUUCCUCUUUGCAUUCUCUUCUCUCACCUCCCUUCCAUUCCUCUAUUGGGCUUAUCUUUCAAGCCCUUGCAAUGUCCAAAACCUCAUCCUGGCCACACAAGAACAUAGCCCACCUCACUGGUCAGGUCACCUCCCCUCACUCCCUUCUGCAUGGAACCAUCUAUCCUUCACCGAAGACCCCCCUCCCAAACGUCUCAACAUUGCACUCUUCGUCAAGAAAUGGCCCCGCCCAGACCGGGCCGGCGGGCUCGAACGCCAUGCCCUGACGCUCCAUCUAGCCCUUGCCAAGAGAGGGCACAUGACCCAUGUCUUCACCGUCGCCUUGGACUCGUCCCCGGAGAAACCACCCCACCCCAACAUCCAUUUCCACUUAUCUGAUCCCAGUCCUUCUGGGGUGGUCAAUCAAGCGGCGACAUGGAAAGAUUUCCAGGCCCUGAAUUUGAUCCAACCGUUUGAUGUGAUCCACACCGAGAGUGUUGCCCUCAUACAUUACCGGGCCCGGAAUCUGACCAACAUUGCUGCCUCAUGGCAUGGGAUCGCGUAUGAGACUGCACAUUCCGACAUUGUCCAAGACCUGGUUCGGGGCCCAGGAGAGCCACGGACGCCUGAAUUACAGGCGAGACUGGAAGAGAGGGCCUUCAAGAUCAUCGAAGAAGUGAAAUUCUUCCAAAGCUACGCCCACCACGUCGCCACAAGUGAUCACGCCGGAGAUGUUCUCAAGAGGAUUUACAUGCUUCCUGAAGAAAGAGUCCAUGUGAUCCUCAAUGGCGUCAAUGAGGAUGUCUUCAAGCAGGAUUCUGAUCAAGGGCGUGCUUUCCGGCACAAAUAUGAGGUGCCAGAUUCAGCAGCUCUCGUCUUGGGAAUGUCUGGGCGGUUGGUGAAGGACAAAGGCCAUCCUAUAAUGUUUGAAGCUCUAAAUCAGAUAUUCAAAGAGAACGAAUCAUUUCGGAAGACGGUCUUCGUUCUGGUAGCCGGAAACGGCCCUUGGGGGGCCCGGUACAAAGAACUGGGGCCCAAUUUUCGGGUAUUGGGGCCUUUGGAACAGACCAAAAUCGCCCAUUUCUACAAUGCCCUUGAUAUUUUUGUGAACCCAACACUGCGGGCCCAGGGAUUUGAUCUUACAUUAGCAGAAGUGAUGCUUUCAGGCAAGCCGGUGAUGGCAACGAGGUUCGCGAGCAUAAUGGGAUCUGCCAUCGUCAGCUCAGAGAUGGGCUACGCAUUCUCGCCGACAGUGGCGUCAUUGAAGGAGGCUCUAUACAAGGUUUUCAACGACGGGAGCGACGUUUUGCAGAAGAAAGGCGAGGCUGCUCGAAGCAGAGCUUUGAAGCUGUUCACUGCUACUAAAAUGGCAGCUGCUUAUGAAAGGCUCUUCCUUUGCAUCUCCAAACAUAGAGAAGAUGCAGAUUUUUGCAAAUACCCACUUCCAUCGGAUCGUGACCUCAUUUCAAAACAGCGUUAGCACUCGAAUAGAGAAAAUAUUCCUAACUUUCAUAUGCUCAACGAUUCUUCCAUUUCGGCGUUCUGUUCGAUUGCAAGGGAACUCAAAAAGAACAGAGAGAAUGUGUAGUGUAAAUGAGAAAAAUGAAGCUUGAUUGGAUUGUCGUGCACAGUGAAGAAUCCCCAAUUGAUUCAAGCUAGAGACGUCAAUGAUGACCGUCCAUCCUGGUUGAUCAGUGGAGGGCGGAUCAGCCAAGGUGGGUUUCUCUACGCAUAUCAGUUCCCUGUUUGGAUUCUGUAAAAAUCUGUUAUUUAUUUUCUAAUUUGUACCUGUUUUGCAACCAAUUUUUUGUGUUGA